CUCUAUCGAAUCAGCCAAAAAAAAGAACGCGCAGAAAAUAAGAAGCUAAAACGACAUUUCCUUCCCUGUAGUUUCUCUUUAUAGAGUCACCAUCACCGCUUAACACCAUAAAGAUUUUGUAUCUCUUUGACUGCUCCCAGACACUCUCAGGAUUGCCAAGUUUCAGAAUUUUCGUUUAGGGUUUUGAUGUGAUAAUGGAGACGAUGAUAAUGAAGAAGUACAACAGGCAAGUAAGUCCAGAGAGAGCAAAAGUGUGGACAGAGAGGUCACCAAAGUAUCAACAACAGAAUCGUAAAGUCCCUGUUGUUUAUUAUCUCUGUAGAAAUCAUCAGCUUGAGCACCCUCAUUUCAUUGAAGUCCCUCUUGCUUCACGUGAUGGUCUCUACCUUAGAGGUAUUUUUAAUGUAAUUGAGAGGCUUAAUGUAUUGAGAGGCAGAGGGAUGACUUCUUUGUAUUCUUGGUCUUCUAAAAGAAGCUAUAAGAAUGGAUUUGUAUGGCAUGACCUUUGUGAGGAUGAUUUAAUUCUUCCUGCUCAUGGAAGUGAAUAUGUUCUCAAAGGUUCUCAACUCUUUGAAGAAUCUAAUCCAGAUCGCUUCGCUCCUGCUGGAACCAUAAAAAUGCAAAAUCUGAAACUAUUGCCAGAACCCGCAUCUUCUAGAAGUCAAGAUGAUUCCUCAUCGUCUGCAAGUUUGAAUGGAAAGGAAACAAAGCAUUCUCAGGAGGAUGAAGUAUCCCCUCCCCAGCAACGUCCUGGCUCCUCUGGCGUGUCUCCAGAGUCUACAGUUGGAAAGAAUUCUUCAUGGAAUGGCUCUCUUAGCUUGACAGAAUACAAGGUUUACAAGAGUGAUGGAUUCGCGAAUGCUUCAACACAGACUGAGGAAAAUGAAAGCAAUGAGAAUGAUCAAAAUCGACUUCCACACGUGAAAGAAAAUUCUGAGAUAUGUGAGAAUUCAGUUUCCCCUCCCCCAUCUUCCUCUAGUGCAUCAUCAUCGGGCGGGAAGACUGAAACUUUGGAGUCUCUUAUUAGAGCUGAUGUUAAUAAAAUCAACAGUUUUAGAAUCCUUGAAGAGGAAGAUAUUCGAAUGCCAAACAACGCAAGGCUCAAGGCCACUAAUAUGUUAAUGCAAUUGAUAUCCCGUGGGUCAAUUUCAGUGAAAGAUCACAGUUUUGGACUAGUUCCAACCUACAGGCCGAGGUUUUCUCAUUCAAAACUUCCUUCUCCAUUGUUCUCUACUUCUAUGAUGUUAGGAAAGCUUGAUUGCUUGUCAGAGAAUCCGAGGAUGAUGGGCCUCAGCUCGGAAGAAAAGGAGUAUUUCAGUAGGAGCUUGAUAGAGACAAAAAUGCUCAAGGAAGGAGAUGGACAUCCUAGUCUGAAGCGUUCUUCUUCCUUCAAUGCAGACAGGACGUGUAAACAACCAGAUUCAGUUGAAGACAAUGAAGAGUCAACCUCUGGACGCUCAAAAUGCAUUCCACGAUCAAAAGCCUCCCUAAGCAAGCAACUGCGCAGUGAAUCUUUGCGAUCGCCUGUUUCUGAUAAACCUAGAAACUCCUCUAACGGGGCUGAUGGCUCUCAAGUAAUACACAGUAGCUCAUCAAAUGGUGGCAGUAAAAGAAUCACAGAGCCUGAUUCAGGGAAAAAACAAUCAAAGAAGCUCGAUUCUUGA